UCCCAAGUGAGAAAGGAGAGAAGAAAAAGGAACGGAAGAAACCCAACCCAUCGAUCUCCCUAAGAUAGAGUGGUCGUAGUUGCCUUGGCGAGAGGAAGAGAGGGGGGCCACCGGCCCAAGAGCUGCGGUCAGGAACGAGGACGAGUCCAGUAGCUACAAGGAGAUGACCGUGUCGCUCCUGACCGGCACGGGGCAGUUCAACAUCAGCGACCUCGUGUCGACACUGUCGUGGCUAGACCUACAGGGAGUGCAGGCCAAGCUGCGCCGGGUGCACCGCCAGUUCGACGGGCUCAUCACGAAGCUGCUGGUGGAGCACCCGGCAAUGGCCGAGGAGCACGCCUGGGAGGAGGGCCGGCUGGACUUCGUGGACAGGCUCCGGUUGGUGGCCUGGAGCAGGCCGGGGCGAGGCGGUCAACUGGAGCCGCGAGCAGAGGCGAAGCGAGGGUGAGCGGCGCGUGAUUGGCCGGACCUAUGGGGGGGCAUGCCGCUGGUGGCGGAGGCUGUGUGCGGGGCCGUCCGAAUCGGGUCGGAGAAGAGGCUACUGGCCGGAUCCGGAGCGGCCCGACGGUUGGGGCGGGAUGGCCAGAUCAGACCCACGACAGAGGAGCUUCCAUGGCGUCUCUGGGUUCCUUGUCGAUAAAGGGUACUGCCCUGGCUCUGGUCAGCCACAACGGUCGCGCGCACUCCAGGAGAGUGAAGUGCACCAUCGGCGCAACACAUGUAGAAGAGGAGGAGGAGCAGCAAUGGGUGAUACUUUGAUAGUGGCUGGAGAAGAGGAGGAGGAGCAGCGUUGAGUGAGAAGGAGGAGUGGCGAUGUGGAUAAGGCACGCAGAUCGGCAGAUGCAUGAGAAGGAGUGGCGCUGGCCGGUCGGUGCUUUUUUUCUUUAAUGAAACCAAAUGGAAUUGGUCUUGUACCGGCUAGAAGCUCCUGGAUGCAUGCGUGCGAUUUUUUUUCAAAACUAUGAUGUAUUU